AUGUUUACUAAUAAUAUCGUGUGUUUGUUUGAAUUUUACAUUCUGAUAAUAACUUGGAAGUAUAGUUCCACUGUCAAUGCCGACACGGAUGUAUUCCUGUCAACUGGAAGUAAUGGAACCAAUGCGUCACUUCCGUGUCCGUCUAAAUGUGUAUGCAGCAGAGAUAACGUGAACAUUCGCGUGGAUUGUUCUGGAAAGAAUUUAACCAGCGUUCCACAGAAUUUUGACAGAUAUACAACACAUUUAGAUCUGAGUAUGAACAAUAUAACAACAAUACCCAAAGAAACAUUUAAUAAACUGCAGUAUUUACGUGAAUUACGUUUGGUUAGUAACAAUAUUCAAGAGCUCCCUGUUAGACUAUUACAAAAUAAUAAAUUACUACAAGUUCUGUGCUUACAAGGAAAUCGAUUUAACAAAAUUCCCAGUGACACCAUUAAAAACCUGAGAAAUUUAAAACAAUUACAUCUAGAUGCAAAUCAGAUAGACUUUGUCGCACCAGACAGUUUUAGAAAUAUGGUGUCAUUAAAACAUAUGUAUUUAAAUGCUAACAGAUUAACAUCAGUUCCUGUGGAAGCUUUACAAUAUACUUCAUCUUUAGAAGCUUUAACAUUAGCUGCUAACAGAAUCAAGAUUGUUCCUAACAAUAGUUUCAAAAAUUUAUCAGGACUCGUUGUUUUAUUACUACACGAUAACCAAAUAGAAACAAUUGAAGAUUUUGCAUUCCGAGGAUUGGACUCGUUGAAGAUAUUGGAGAUGAAUAAAAACGAAUUAGUUCGCCUCCCUCCGGCUUUCUCGGUGUUAUCAUCAUUAACAGAAUUGAACAUAGAAGAUAAUUUGAUAGAAUAUUUACCAGGAAACAGUUUUUCUAGCAAUCAACUGCUAACUGUAUUGUGUAUAAAAGGCAAUCCUAUUUCAUCUGUACAUAGAAACGCUUUCAUAGGAUUACCAAUGUUGAAAAAAUUGACUAUAUCAGAGGCUAGAGAUAUGACAGAGUUUCCAGAUGUAUCAAUGUCAGCUAGUCUAGAGAUACUCAGAUUUGAUAGAGCUAGCAUUAAUAAAAUACCAACUUAUAUUUGUCAUAACCUUAUUAGACUGAAAAGUUUUGAUGUUCAUUCUAAUCGGAUUGCUGUUAUUCCAGACUUGUCUGCGUGUAAAGAGGCUUUAAAUAUAAAUCUCGGCAAUAAUGAGAUCACUUCAUUGGAAGGGAAACCCUUUGAAGGUUUGACAGAACUGCGCGAUUUAACUUUAGGCCAUAAUUACAUAGACUAUAUACCAGAAGAUGCCUUUGAAGGACUAAUCAAUUUGCAAUAUCUAGAUCUGGUUCAUAAUCGUAUAAAAGAAAUACAUUACAAUGCAUUUCUACCUUUAUCAUCUUUAGAAGAUUUGAAUCUUGGAGAGAAUGAAUUCAAGACCUUACCAACUAAUGGUUUACAAAAUGUGCUAGAGCUCAAAACAUACCACAAUACACAUCUUAAAGAAUUCCCAAGAAAAGAGAAUUUCCCGAAGAUUCAGUCUUUGACUUUGUCUUAUGCCUACCAUUGUUGUGAUUUCCUCCAAGCACCAACAGGGACAAAUAAAAAGAUACAACUUGAAGAAGAUAUCGUUUGGUUGACCAAAGGUGAAACUAAUAUGGAGAUGUGGUCAAAGCUUGAGAAUUUAUCAACAUUUUGGAAAACACAUCUUGGUAAUUACGAUUAUAAUUUUGCUGAUCUAUCAUUACCACCUGAAGCACAGAAUUAUCUGGAGGAUUAUAAACCACGUGACUAUACACACGAUCUUGUGAUGGCUAAACCACCAAUUACAUGUAAACCAAAACCAGGUCCAUUUAUGCCAUGUGAUGACCUGUUUGGAUGGUGGUCACUGAGAUGUGGAGUAUGGUUUGUGUUUCUGUUAGCUAUGCUGGGAAAUGGUGUGGUUUUAUUUGUGUCUAUUACCAGUCGAAGUAAAAUGGAUGUCCCAAGAUUUCUGAUUUGUAAUUUAGCUUGUGCUGAUUUCUUUAUGGGAAUAUAUCUUGGUUUUCUGGCCGUUGUAGAUGCUUCAACAUUGGGUGAAUUUAGGAAGCAUGCAAUUUGGUGGCAGUUGAGUCCAGGCUGUCUUAUAGCGGGCUUUGUUGGGGUUUUCUCCAGUGAACUUAGUGUGUUCACAUUAACAGUUAUCACCAUAGAAAGGUUCUAUGCUAUCACCCAUGCUAUGCAGUUAAAUAAAAGACUCUCGUUGAGACACGCUGGCUAUGUGAUGUUAUUAGGGUGGUUAUAUUCUAUAAUACUGGCUAGUUUACCAUUAUUUGGUAUCUCAGAUUACAGAAAAUUUGCAGUGUGUCUUCCUUUUGAAAUCACUGACGUAUUCUCUAAAGCUUAUGUGUGUUAUAUAAUGAUUUUCAAUGGUCUGUGUUUCUUCACCAUAUUGUCCUGUUACCUUAUCAUGUAUCUCUCCAUACGACAAUCACAGGCGUGGAAUUCAGGGGAUACCAGAGUAGCUAAACGAAUGGCUUUAUUAGUGUUCACGGAUUUCAUAUGCUGGGCACCUAUAGCUUUGCUGUCACUGGCCAGUGCUUUUGGUAAAAAUUUGAUUCAUCUCAAUGAAGCUAAAGUUUUGACUAUAUUUGUCCUACCAUUAAACAGUUGUGCUAACCCAUUUCUAUAUGCUAUAUUUACCAAACAAUUCAAAAAGGAUUGCGUUUCAUUGUGCCGAAGACUUGAAGAUUCCUCCAUCGGUCGGCAUUUUUCACGAGCCAGUCAACGACAUGUAUCAUUUACGUGGGGUUCGUCAAGGAGGCCUUCUGGACUGAAC